CUGCAGGCUCGGGAAAACGCCAUCUUUAAACCCCAGAAGAAAUCACAAUUGAGCGCCGGGGAUCAACGACACAUUGUGACUGCGUUGGGUUACAAUUUUGCGGGCAUUAUCAUGAUCAGUUUGUUGACCGGCGAAACAAAUACGCAACUAAUUGAAAGAACUGUGAAUACUCAACCAAGUCACAUUGUAUGGUCUUGAAAUUGUACUAUCAGAAGGCUAACAUCAACAACAAUACUAGCUAAACGGAAAGACAACGGACGAGUAAUCACGGCGUUGUUAUUGAGCUAGCGAACCUGUGUUGAAGGCGCUUUGACAUUACGUUGUUUUAAAAGGCUUGAUUUGGGACUCGACUGUGUGGCUGCAGUUUUAGUCCCGACUUCACUCCUCCCCAGCAGCCCAGCCGGAGAUGCGUGGAAGAUGUCGGUUUCGGGGCUGAAGGCCGAACUGAAGUUUCUGGAGUCCAUUUUUGAUCCAAACCACGAACGAUUCAGAAUUAUUGACUGGAAACCGGAUGAGCUAAACUGUCAGUUUAAUGUGACUGGAGAAAAGCUGUUGAUUAUACAUUGCAACAUUACGGAGUCGUACCCCUCCACACCUCCAAUCUGGUUUGUGGACUCUGAUGACCCAAGCCUGACACAAGUGUUGGAACGCCUGGAGGAUGUCAGAAAGGGCAGCACCCUGCUCCUGCAGCAGCUAAAGCGGCUCAUCUGUGACCUCUGUCGGCUGUACAACCUGCCCCAGCACCCAGAUGUAGAGAUGCUGGACCAGCCCCUCCCUGCUGGCCCUGUAGGACAAGACCGAAAGCAUGGGGUCACAGACGAGGUCACGUCCGAAGAGGAGGAAGAAGAGGAAAUGGGAGAGGACAUUGAAGACCUGGACCACUAUGAGAUGAAAGAGGAGGAGCCAGUGGAUGGGAAGAAGUCUGAGGAUGACGGCAUCGAGAAGGAGAACCUGGCCAUCCUGGAGAAGAUCCGCAAGAACCAGAGGCAGGACCACUUGAACGUAAGUGCUCAUUCGGGUGCAGUGUCUGGUUCAGUGCAGGCUUCAGACCGCCUCAUGAAGGAGCUCCGGGAGAUAUACCGGUCCCAGAGUUACAAGAUGGGUAUCUAUUCAGUGGAGCUGGUCAAUGACAGCUUGUAUGAAUGGCACGUCAAGCUGAGGACCGUAGAUCCAGACAGUCCCCUACACAGUGACCUGCAGGUUUUAAAGGAAAAGGAGGGAAUGGAUUACAUUCUGCUCAACUUCUCAUAUAAAGAUAAUUUCCCCUUUGAUCCACCAUUUGUACGGGUGGCUUCUCCUGUGCUGUCUGGAGGUUAUGUUCUUGGAGGGGGUGCCCUGUGCAUGGAGCUUCUCACAAAACAGGGCUGGAGCAGUGCCUAUUCCAUAGAGUCUGUAAUCAUGCAGAUCAACGCCACUUUAGUCAAGGGAAAAGCCAGAGUGCAGUUUGGAGCCAAUAAGAACCAAUACAAUCUUGCCAGAGCACAGCAGUCAUACAAAUCCCUGGUCCAGAUCCAUGAAAAGAAUGGCUGGUACACUCCCCCUAAGGAGGAUGGGUAAGAGGACUGUUGCCAUGCCUCCACUGGGACCACAUGUCUUAGGGCCAACACCUUUCCCUCCCCAUACUUUUCUUUUCCCUCUAACUGGAGUUGUUUUCAUUGGGAGUUUGUUCCCCAGCCAGUUCCACCCAUUCUGUUAAACCCCCCCCCCUACUGACCAACCACCUCACUGAUCAUAUCCACUUCUCAAUAGUGGAUUCACCCUCUAGCUAUUUAUCUUUCUCGCACUUGUGCAAUCGCUUCCUUUGUUACAAUCUCACCCCUAAUCCCUUGAGCAUUGAAUGAACUCCAUAUCUUGUGCAACUCCCUUAAAUCCUACUCUGGGCAAGCAAAGAAGAGCUUACUUACUGCCUGUGAUUUCUGGUCAAGGUUGAGGCAUGGCUUUUGCUAGUGACUGAAGCUGUCUGUUACGUGACUGGGGUUGAGAUUCUCCGGCCACAGACUGGAACAGAGAAUGACGGUUGACAUUCCCAUUGUGACAUUGGAGGCUGGGAUAGACAAUGAAACAUUGGUAGUGGGAAUGAGCACCACCUCACUUGCCAUUGAUGGCCUCUUAUGUCUGUGCUUGUGUAUCUGUAUAUUGCCAAGAUUCCUCCUUCUGGAAUAACAUGUCCUCCUGAGGCUUAUUUCCUUAAAAAUGCCUGGUCUACAAAAGCCAAAGGCCCUGAAUAGAGAGAGGAGAGCUAUAGACUCCUUACCAAAAGUGGGACUGAGACAGCUUAAUGGAGGCUAUCCUGUUGAGCACAAGAGGUGUUGGCCGCCUCCACCACCACCCAGCCCAAUCUCCUCUCAGGCUGCUUUCGGUAAUAUGACCAGGCUUAGCAAAGGCAGGUUGGAUUUAAUCACUGUAAUGUAGUUGAAUUUAACUCCAUGUAAAACUUGUAAAGUUGUAUUUCUGAGAAUUGAUUGAAUUGUUUUUAAUGUAACCUUGUGUGGGUCUUGGGGUUCAAGCGGGCCGAGACUGCGUUAGUAUACCCUUGGCUAUAGCAGGGGCAUCAAUCAAGGUGCAUUUUCAGACGUAGGAUAACAAAGCAUUUGCUUCAUGGACACUCUUGCAGAAGUUAAAAGGAACACCUUUAAACCAUGUUUUUAUGUAAGCAUAAUGACUACUAUUGUUUUCCUGUAUAAAUUGAAAUACUUGUAUUUUGUUGUUAGUGGUUUGAUAUGUUCAAAAGUGACACCAUUCCUUUUACGCAAUGCGACAGUGGUGCUUUUUGGGCAUUCCAGAUAUGCUGGCUAAUUUCCCCGGUGACACACACUCGAUGAACCUUUCAGUAAGGCUAUGCACACAAUCGUUAGGAAGUUAUCUGUACACGCAAUCAUUUGAAAACGGCUCUGUGCAGUCCCCUGCUUCAUUUGAAUCCAUGGUCUAACUAGCUUGUUCACACACUCAGAUCGCCCAUCCAUGGUCUAACUAGCUUGUUCACACACUCAGAUCGCCCAUCCAUGGUCUAACUAGCUUGUUCACACACUCAGAUCGCCCAUCCAUGGUCUAACUAGCUUGUUCACACACUCAGAUCGCCCAUCCAUGGUCUAACUAGCUUGUUCACACACUCAGAUCGCCCAUCCAUGGACUAACUAGCUUGUUCACACACUCAGAUCGCCCAUCCAUGCCCCUCAUUGCUACAGUGGACUUCACUUCAUACCACAUGCUCAAUAAUAAAAUAUUUGUUGAUUUUAAAGAGAUAUUUUCAGGUCUGACUAAGGUGUGUGUGUGUGUGUGUGUAGUACUGUCUUAAACAAAAGACUGAGCACCAGUGAUUUCCAUCCUUUGCCUCCCCUCUCUAGUACCUUAUUUUGUAUCUGAUUAUUCACUUAUGACCUGACCACCUCAUGAUCUUUGUUGUCAGUGAUGGAAGGAACCUUUUCAGUGGGGUCAUGAACCCCUAACUCAUGACCAUCCUCAGCACUGUCAAACCUGGAGCAUGCCAAGUCUUAGCUAUAUGAAUAAUAUGCAGAAUAUUGUGUGACGCAUUUGAUUUAAUGUUAUUACACACAUUAAAAGGUGUUUUUUUUUUGUGUGGGUGUUAUCCACUUUGUUAGACAUCUGUCUGAAAAACCAGCAUAGGAACCAACUUGUUCCUAGUAAAUAUUCCUAUUUGUUUGUUCAACGCUGUUGGUCAGCCCAGCACACUAACCUCAUCCAGAAUUAUGUCGCCCUUGUAAAAAAUACUAAUAAUGGGCAUCUAAUGUAUAAUUAAGCUGUAUUUGUUGUAAUGUCAGCCACCCCACCUGUAUAACACAAUGCAUCACGUUCUGUUAAAAUGGUGGCACUGAAGACUCAUUUAGAGGUUUAUUACUAUUCAACCCAAUAUGGUGAUUGACUUCAUUACCAAAUAUGUCUACUACACAUGGAUAACCGAUGAUCAUUGUCAUAGACUUUACGUAUUGGUACCAAGCGUGCCACUGCUUUCUCACAUGGCUGACCUCAUCGUGAACAUGCCCUAGCUAGAAACUCCCUCCCUGUGUUCUCUGGAGAAGCAAACUCAGGGAUACAUAGCUACUGCACACUUGACUUAGCAAGGGAUUGCUUCACAAAUGUCACAAUGCAAAUAUUAUUUGUUACUAUUUUUUUCUUCCAAAUUGUUUUCCCCUCCUAGAAUUACAGUAAACAUUGGCCUGCUCACUCUCCAUUUGGCUGGUCUGUAUCUUUAAAGUAGUGACUGGUAAGACUGUAGUGGUAAGCAGGGUGUGGUGGAGUGAUGAGGGAGGGGCAUGUUUGCGCUAUCUCUCAUUCAAUCCCUCCAGAUCAAUUGUGUGACACUGAAAGGUGAACCAAUGCUUUACCUCACCCAUUUAACCUCAUUGUCUUGGGUCUUUGUUUUUCUAGUCUAGCACCUCUUCAUCGUGAUCCUGUACCUCCUGGUUUUGUAGUCUUUUGCAUGUAGAUAUCUCAUCAAGUACUUUCCCUCUAGGGACUAAGGUGUGUGUGUGUACUGGACAGUUUUUGUUUAUCAGGUUGGAUCAUCUAUAUUAGUUUUCACAGGUCGGUAGAUGCGAUCUCUGGGAACGGAUUCCUUUUCUUAUCGAUUUGUGUAGGUCUGACACCAGGUUAGUUCUAAAGGAUAAAAAUGGCAAAACGGCUGUCCAACACUUAUGGGCGUCCCACCCAUGUCUUAAAGUAUGAGAUUGGAAACGAAUGACCUACUAUACUAUUCUGUCCAGAGCGGGACUCCACCUCUUACUAUUUUAAAGCCCUGUGUCAUCAAAUGGGCAUUUAACGCCGUGGAAGGCCCCAUGUCUGUUCUAAUGUCAGGUGUGCAGUGAAUUACAGCUCUUAUACAGAUCCAGACCAGUUGUCUAACAACCCAGUGCUUUGGGAGAUUUUGGUUUGAGACCUGAAACUAAUUAUUGGUUCCUUUUCUGGCUUAAUUUUGUGAUUGGCGACUGAGCGGGCUAUAAAGUUAUGCACUGUUCGCAUGCUUUGCUUUGUUUUUUUUUCAUUGCAAGGGUUAUUUUGACCAUGUACAGUAAUUUGUAAACUUGCAUCAAGUUUAUGAAUAAAGAAUUUUCUUAAAUA